AUGGCAUCAUUCGGUCCUUUUUCCCGGCUGCCUCUCGAGCUGCGCCAACGCAUCUGGCAACUGAGCAUGGAGCCCCGACACGUGCUUAUGGGAAAAUGCGAGUACCUCCAUGCGCAAUCAAGCCCACCAGCCGUUCUACAGGCCUGCGCGGAAUCGAGAUCGCAUCUCCGAGGCCAUUAUACCCAGGAGGCUCGUUGCGGCUGCAGUGGAUCAUCGGCGUCGCGCGCCAUGGUGAACUACGACAUCGAUACCGUCUGCAUGACCGCCUUCGACAUUACUAUCUGGUCGAGUGCCAAGGAUGCACCCAUCAAGUACCUGGCGCUCGAGUCCAGGGACUCGGAGGCCUUCUUCUGGAACACUAGUGGUGCCGUGAGGGACAUCGCGACUCUCGAGCACCUGGAGAUACAUCCUACGCCAGGCUCAUGGCCGGAAAGGAAAAAGGCGCUCUUGUUGCAGGAUUGGAUCUCUCAGCUGGAGGUCUGGUACACCCCGUGCCCCCCGGCGCCAUUCCGCACAAAGAUCAUCAGCCCUUGGCCAGACGUCGACAUCCCUGAAGUUGGAGCGGAUAACUUUGACGAGAUAUCGCGGGCUUGGGACAGGACGAUGGGGUGGGCGUCAGACGGCUCAUCGGAGGCUGACGAGCCGUUUCCAGAUGCGCCCCCUCAUGGUCAGGCAGAGGCCGACACAGAGACCGGGGUGCAAGCCCUGUGA